AUGAGUGACGACGGUAAUGAUGCCGCGCCUCCUCGUUACUUUCUGGAGCUUAUGGAGCUGAUUAAGUCCAACGAUCAGAAAGCGAGUGAGAGAAUAGCUUUUAUGGAGAAGUCUAAUGCUAUUAUGGAGGAGCAGGCGAGCAAUGGUGGACGUGGUGCUGAAGGUACUCCCAAAGAAACGCCCCCACCUCCACCACACUUUAACUCGACUCCCAUACUGGUGGAUAAUGAUACUGAGUAUGUUACCAAGGAGCAACUUGAGAAGAUUUUCCAGAAAAAGAAUGUCGCCAGCUCUGAGUUUGACUUGAAGCUCCCAUACUCUAAAAGGGUGGCAAUGAAACAAUACCCUAAGGACUAUGUUAGUCCAAAGUUCAAGCAGUUUGAUGGGAAGUCUGGGGAUGCCAAUGAGCAUGUCAUGAAGUUUGUGGAGACAUUGGGAGUUGCUGGGUCUGUUGAGUCUUGGAGCCACAUGUGCACCCUCUUUGGGGAGAAAUUCUUCUCCACACAGGAGAGAGUAACGUUGAUUGACUUAGGGAGAGAACAUCAAAGGCGUGGAGAGGACCUCAUGGACUACAUCCAGCGUUUUAGGGAGAGAGUGUUGGAUAUUCAUGAGCAACAUGAUGAGAAGGAGCUGGUGAAAGUGUGUCUCCAAGGGAUGUUUGAUGAAUACAGGGUUCACCUAGAGAAUUUGAGCUUGUAUACGUUUGCUGUGUUAGUAGAAGCUGCAAGAAGGACCAACAAUACGGUGACGAGACAAAGGGAGGCGCAGCAGAGGGUGAAUCAUCCGUUUGCUGAAUGCAGAAAUAUGAGGAGGCUCUUGGAUAGGAAAGUGAGAAAUGGGGAAGUUGUAGUUGACAACAGGGGAGUCAGAAACAACCCUCUACCUGUACAUGGGGGUGAUGUUGCUGCAGUCAUACACUCAGUCCAUGAUGAGCCGCAUACCGAAGAGGAAGAUGAUACGCGUGUCGCCGCUUAUGUGAUUGCAACCAUAGCAACUUCAUUGCUAAAGACUCCGAAUGUUAGAAAUUUCUUUGAUCAACUGGGAUUCUCUGAGGAUACAAGAAAGGAGGCAGCUGAGGCGUUGGUUCAUAUAGCUGAUAAGUACCAUGGUGAGGGUGGUCUGGUAGACUCAAGUAUGAAAAGGAUGAGUCGUGCUUAUAGAAAUGCCAUUGUAUUUACUGAGGCAGAUAUGUGCACACCAAACCCCAAUCAUAACAAACCUCUCUAUAUGGAGAGUAUUAUCAAUGGUGUGAAGGUGAGGAGAACUUUUGUUGACGAUGGGUCAGGAGUGAAUCUCAUGCCUCUUUCUACGAUGUAUGCCCUUGAAAUUGAUAUCAAAAGUCUACGCCACCCCAUGACACUUAACUCUUUCAGUAACCAGGAAAUUCGCACCUUGGGGUACACUACAGUUAAUUUUAAGCUGGGUAACAUUCAGGAGCAGGCUAUUUUCGAUUUGAUAGAUGCGAAUGUGGCAUAUAACCAAGGCAAAGAGGUCUUCAUUCCAGCUACUAAGGCUCCCUUUGAGAAAUAUGAGGUGAGGUAUGCUGAGGCUGCUUUCUUUGAUGAAGUAGCAGAGGAAGGUGAGGGAGUACUCUCUAGACCUGUGGGGCUAAGGUUAUCACGUUGGGAGGAGUAUGCCGAAGAGGGCAAGGCAGGUGGUGAGCCUAGCUUCAAGCGUACUAGGAGAGGAGGAAGAAGGAAGCGUGGACGUACAGAGGGAAGUGAGAUGGUUAAGCAGACUAAGGAGUCUCCUGAGGGAGACGUAACUUGUAUGCAAGUAGAGACGGAAGCAGUAGUUGGAGAAGUGGCUCCUGCCCCGGAGACGUUCCAAGAUAAGCCUAAGCCACAAGGGGAUGAGUUAGAGGAGACAAAUUUGGCCAUGGAAGGGGGUACAAGCAAGCCAUUGUUUAUAAGCAAAAGCGUUACUGGGGAGCAAAUGGAUACACUUAUUGCUCUACUGAAGGAGUAUGAAGAUGUAUUUGCCUGGUCUUAUGAACAAAUGCCUGGUUUAAAUGAGAACUUGGUUACUCAUGAGCUACAUAUCUCCCCCAGUAGUAAACCACCUAUCCACCAUCCUACUUGGCUUGCAAAUGUGGUGCUAGUAAAGAAGAAGAAUGGGUCAAUCAGGGUGUGUGUGGACUUUAGGGACUUGAAUAAAGUAUGUCCUAAGGAUGAUUUCCCACUCCCCAACAUAGAUACACUUGUAGAUGCUACAGCAGGUCAUGAGAUGUUCUCAUUUAUGAAUGGUUUUAGUGGGUACAACCAAAUCAAGAUGUGCAAGGAGGAUGCGGAGAAGACUGCCUUUAGAACACCCAUUGGAAACUUUUAUUAUACUGUGAUGCCGUUUGGGUUGAAGAAUGCAGGUGCAACCUACCAACGAGCAAUGACAGCUAUAUUCCAUGAUAUGAUGCAUGUGUGUAUUGAGGAUUAUGUGGAUGACAUAGUUGUGAAAUCCAAGAGGGUGUCUGAUCAUUUUAGUGACUUGAGGAGGGUCUUUGAAAGGUGCAGAAAGUAUAAGUUACGCAUGAACCCUUUGAAAUGUGCAUUUGGAGUGACAUCGGGGAAGUUAUUAGGAUUCAUGGUGCACAGGAAGGGCAUUGAUGUUGAUCCAGCAAAAGUUGCAGCUAUUAGAGAGUUGGCACCCCCUGUUAAUCAGAACCUCCUCAAGAAAGGUGUUCCUUUUAUCUGGGGUGAGCCACAGAAGAAGUCUCUCGAAAGAGUUAAGGAAGUGUUAGCUUCCCCACUCACCAUAACGCCACCAAUAAAAGGUCAGCCUAUGAUGCUUUAUUUAACAUCAACUAAUGAGUCUAUAGGUUGUCUACUUGUACAGGAAGUGGAAGGAGUGGAACGACCUGUAUAUUAUCUGAGCAGGUGUCUCUACGGGAGUGAACGCAACUACUCACCCAUAGAGAAACACUACCUCUCUUUGGUCUUUGCCAUCCAGAAGCUACGGCACUACCUCCUGACUCACAAGGUGACAGUGGUGACUAAGUCAGACCCAAUCAGAUAUAUCCUUUACAGGCAAAUCCUAGUUGGAAGAGCUGCAAAGUGGUUACUUUUGUUGGGGCAAUUUGAUUUAUCUGUGGCGCAACCCAAAGCGAUCAAGUCUCAAGCACUAUCUGACCUAUUGGCAUAUUUUCCUACACAAGCUGAGGAGGUGGUCACAAUAGACUCCAUGCCAGGAGACAUUGAUGGUGAGGUGUGUUGUAACCAGCCUCUAAUAGGUGAAUGGACCUUGUACUUUGAUGGUUCAGCAACUGCUACUGAAGGGGAGUUUGAGGCGUUGAUUUUAGGGUUAAAUACAGCCAAAAUCAUUGGAGUAACUGAGUUGUGCAUCAUUGGAGACUCCAACCUUGUGGUGAAGCAAACUAAUGGCGAAUUUGCGCUGAAGGAGCCCACACUUGCCCCUUACCGAGAGCUUACUCGUGUGAUGUUAGACCACUUUCAGUCAGUUAGGUGUGAGCAUACCCCAAGGUCCUCUAACAGGUACGCAGAUGCUCUUGCUACUUUGGCAUCGAAGAUACACAUACCUGGACAGAAGGAGGAGAUAUCAUUAUUAGUGCAGAGAUGGUCGGUGCGUGGCCCACUUGCUAGAAUGACAGAGUAUUAUUUGGGGGAAGUGUCAAAAGGUACAGAUUGGCGUACUCCUAUUAUUGAGCAGCUGAGAGAGCGCAAGUCCAGCAAUCUCCGUUUCCUCAAAAAUUACACCAUGAUACAAGAGGCGCUCUACUACAGAGGGCCUAAUGGGAUACUAGCUAGGUGUAUCUCACCUGAGGAAGCAAAGGAGAGACUACGUGCAUCGCAUAAGCAGUGGUGUGGCAUGGUGGGACCUCCAUUGUAUCGUAGAAUGCAGAGAGCUGGUUAUUAUUGGCCGACUAUGAGUGGUGAUUGUGCAAACGCCAGUAUGCCUGCCCUAGGUUUUCAGAGCCCCCAGAUGUUAAUGAUUGUCACUUUGUGGGUUCAUGGGAACGCUAUACAUGCCCCAGCAGUGGAACUACAUAGCGUGACCACUCCAUGGCCUUUUCAUACUUGGGCAUUUGAUUUGAUUGGCCCCAUCAAUCCGCCGGCUAAGGGGCACAUAUGGAUUCUUGCUGCAACGGAGUGUUUUACCAAGUGGGUAAAGGCAGUGCCUUUGAAGAAAGCAACAGGACCAGCAGUAGCCAGCUUCAUUAAGGAGAACGUGGUUUGUAGGUUUGGGAUUCCCAGACGUAUCAUUUCUAAUAAUGGCACUCCCUUUGUGAAUAAAGAUGUGAGAAAGUUAUUAGCUUUAUACGACAUUUACCAUGUCAAAUCCACCCGCUACUAUCCACAAGGAAAUGGGCAAGAAGAGGCCACCAACAAGACGUUAUUGAGGGUAUUGAGCAAGAUGGUUCAUAAGGAUCCUAAGUUGUGGCCCGAUGCCGGUAGCAUUAUUGCCGGUACUCCAUUUUCGUUGGUGUAUGGAACUGAGGCUGUGGUGCCAUCUGAAUUGCUUGUGCCUUCUGCCAGACUUGCUAUCGAUGCCGGGCUUACCCAUGAUGAGAUGAGGGGAGUAGAGUUGAAAGCACUAGAGGGGAGGAGAGAUAAGGCUAAGAAGAACUUCCAGGUAUACCAGAGGCGCAUAAGCAGGGCAUAUGACAAGAUGCUUCACAUGAGAAGUUUUGAGCCGGGUUUUCAGGUGCUUCGCGCUGCUGACCACGUGAUGAGAGGUGCUCCUCCAUCGCACAAGUUCAGUGAGAAAUGGGAGGGUCCUUAUAUAGUUCAUGAAGUGCACAAUAGUGGUUACUACACAUUGCUCAACCCUAAAAACAACAAUGCUUUCAUUACACCCAUCAACUUCCACUACAUCAAGAAAUAUCAUUCGGGAAAAAAAAUAAAUAAAACGCUAAAGGAGGCCCAGCAGCGCGCCAGGGGAGACUUCCCAGCUGCACGCGCCAGGGGAGACUCCCCCAGCAGCGCACCAGGGGAGACUCCCCCAGCAGCGCGUGCGCCAGGGGAGACUCCCCCAGCAACGCGCGCCAGGGGAGGCUCCUGCGCUCCAGGGGAGGCUCCCCUAGUAGCACGCGCCAAGGGAGGCUCCCCAGCAGCGAGUCAGGGGAGGUAUUCCUAG